AAUUAAGUAUAUUGUUUCCUUUUGCUCAGACCUGUCGCUUCCUUCAACAAAGGAAAGUUUAUUACAUGAUGUAUUUGCUAGUUUUACUAGCCGCGUCGUUGGUGGCAGCAAAUGCUAUACCACUUGGUAUUGAUACCCAAAAUGUGGUGACUGUCCCUCCGAACUGCCCUGACGGACAGGAGUACAUCAACGGCCAGUGCCGUGACGUGUGGCCGAGUUUUAUAGAUACGUCCAAUGUGGUGGUGGUGCCACCGAAUUGCCCGGCCGGCCAGCAGCUGAUCAACGGCGUAUGCCGCGACGUCUGGAGGCAAGGGUCUCUCGACAUUCAUAUGCUCGUACCUCAACCUUACCUUGCACCUUCCAUAAAUACUGAUUUCCUGGCCGCCAUUGAAAAUGCUUUGAAGGAAAAGCUCCCGAGGAAAGAAAAAAGACAAACUGAUGGUGCGGAGGAAGAUUUACAACCACAACAGUCCCAAGCAGAUUUACAGGUCCAUAACAUUAUAAGUGUGCCCAACCAGUGUCCAAAUGGUUCUAGGCCUGAUGGAUUAGGCAUUUGUCGACCAAUCUUUGAUUAAUAUAAUUGGGUGCUUAUUGUAAAGUGAUUUUUACUGUUAUCUGCCUAUAUUGUAAUUACCUAUCUCAUAAUCUUGAAACUUCUGCGAAAUAAAAUGACUUAGAAAUCA